UCACACUGACUUCCCGGAUAACAUGCAUACAAACCCCGUCGAGUUCAGCGAAGAAAAACAACCCUGAGGAGGAUUUUCUUUGUGUUUCCCAGUAGAGUCUGGUUCUACUGGGACUGAGGAGGGUCCGGGUCCGGGUCCAGGUGUUCCAAACCGAACCAGACUCCAUGGCAGGUGUUUAACAGUCCAGGAUGUCGUCCUCCGUCCCCCUGUCUCCUCAGAGGGACAUGUCGGUUCUGCAGGUGAACCCGGCCAAUGUCCCAGCGCUGGAGAUCAAACUGGGAGCUCUGGUGGUGCUGCUGUCCGUCACACUGCUGUUUGGCUUCACCCCCCUCUGCAUCAUCAGGGGGGCAGGACGAUGCAGCGUCGACCCAGAUUUGCGUCGCCGGUUUCUGAGUCUGAUCAGUUGUUUUGCCGGAGGUGUUUUCUUCGCCACUUGUCUGUUGGAUCUUCUGCCUGAUUAUCUGGAAGGCAUCACCGAGGCCUUCACCAAUGCAGGGAUCACUCUCCACUUCCCUCUACCUGAGUUCAUUAUGGCCAUGGGGUUCUUCUUGGUCCUGGUCCUGGAGCAGAUCCUCCUCACCUUUAAGGACCAGUCGUCUUUUCAGCGUGAGGAGAGGCGGGCCCUGCUGGUGGACUCCAGCGUCCAGGCCAACGACAGGAACGGUCGACACCAUCACCGCCACGGAUCUGACGAGUCGGACGGCGGACAUGUCCACGUGGACUUCAGCUCUCAGUCGGCCUUACGCACCUUCAUCCUGGUCUUCUCCCUGUCGCUGCACUCGGUGUUCGAGGGUCUGGCCGUGGGUCUCCUGGAGGACGGGGCCGAGGUCCUGGAGGUCUGCAUGGCCUUGAUGAUCCACAAGAGCAUCAUCUCGUUCAGCCUGUCCAUGAAGCUGGCUCAGGGCCGUCUGCGGCGCUCGGUGGUGGUCGGCUGCCUGCUGCUGUUCGCCAUCAUGUCCCCGGUGGGCAUCGGGCUGGGCGUCGGCCUGACACAGACCAAGGCGUCGCCGCAGCAUCAGCUGGCGCGGUGCACCCUGGAGGGGCUGGCAGCCGGGACCUUCAUCUACAUCACCUUCAUGGAGAUCCUGCCCCAUGAGCUCAGCUCCUCCAGGAACCGCAUCCCUAAGGUCGCCAUGCUGUUGCUGGGCUUCGCCGUGGUAACCGGUGUGCUCUUCAUCAAACUGUAACCAUGGCAACAAGGAGGUUAGAAAAGAGAUGCUGCAGUGAAAGCACAUUGAAUGCACCAAACAGAUUCUCUGAACUAAUAUAAUGUUAGUUAUGAGGAGCAUCACAAAAUACUGACAAAGUAUCUUAAAUCAAUAACAAAAUAUCACAAAAUAAUGACAAAAUAUUUGUAAAUAAUGACACUUACAUAAAGUAAAGAUGAAAUAUAUCAAAAUAUUGGCAUACUUCCUCUAAAUAACAUAUCCUCCCGAGACCCAUGAAAGUAAAAGUUUUGGCUUUUUUACAUUAAAUAGAGUCUUAGUUGGAAACAGUAUGAUGCAACAGUUUUUUCAGAUACAUUUUUUUUUUUUAUGGAAUAUCCUUUGAAUAUCCUUUCCAUAAGUAAAGCUGUGAAAUUCUUGUUUCCUACAGAGGACAACCAUGCAUUGCUGGGUCCCAGGAGAUUAAAUUCAUGACAAAAUAUCAUCAAAUAAUGACAACAUGUAGUAGAUAAUGCCACUCUGAAAAAGUAAAGACUGAAUAUUGUCAAAAUAUUGGCAUACAUCCUCCGGAUAUCAUAGAGUAACAUGCACACCUCAUUAUUUAGAGACACUCAUCCGUUAUUUUGAUUCACAUGUUGAUGUUUUUUACUGGUCACCUGGUCAACGGGCUUCCCCACAUUCACAAAGUAACAUUUCAGAGUCUCCAAACACAGACUCGUGUAAAGACAGUGGAUCAUAUUUGAUUCAUUUUAUUGAUUUUUUUUUUUUUUACAUACAUAUUACUCCAACAACACACACAACAGCAG